AUGAAAAGGACAAAGUUGAAAAGUCUGCAUAACCUUUUGGUGCAGCUAUCCACAGAAAGAUGGCGUGAGGAUGAGGAAUUGCAAUGGCUUCGUCCUAUUUUUCCAGAGCCCCUUGAAGAGCUACAAGAGAAUAGUGAUGAAGACAAUGAUGAAGAUAAUGCCCAAGAAGUAUGUAACUGCAUCAAGGAUGAUGGUGAAGUGAAAGUUUGA